AUGAAGCCAACUCCUCCUACUCCUGGCCCGCAGCCGACUCCUGCUAAGCCAAAGCGUAAACCUCUGAACCCUCAAGCUCUUGUUUCCAAGUUCUGGUCAAAGUAUCACUCCAAGGCACCAGGCAAGGUCACUUCCAUCUUCCCUCAGAGCCUCUAUGAGUCACUUCUCACAGACGCCGACUCGUCUUAUCCCAAGUCUCGCAAUGCAGCACAGAGCUAUGAAGAUGCUGCCAAAGAAUGCCGUGCUCGAGUUAGAGCCAUUGUUCGGGAAUGUGAACGAACCAAUGCCAAAUUCAGCGACCCAGACUUUGAUAUUGAGACCGACUUUUCGUCUUACCAAGAUAAUUGUCUCAAUGGGUUGAUGGGGAGACGGUUUGAGGAUGACAGCAGUGAUGAUGAACCACUGCCAUCCGAAAGAGGACCUAAUAUUCAGCGAAUAAAGAAAUAUCGCAACAUACGGAAGAAGAGCGACGAGCUGGAAGACGAUAAACUUGACGUCAGCAAGAACAACUUGCAAAGACGCAUGUUUAGCGGCAGAGACUAUGGUUCUCGAUACUCCAGACCAGGCUCUGUCCAUCGCAUUCCAUGGAUCUUCGAAAAUCCUCAGUUCACAGUCGGCGGCUUUUCCAGCACAGACAUAAAGCAAGGUGCUGGCGGCGACUGCUGGUGGUUGGCGGCUCUCGCAACUAUCGCUCACCGCAAAGAUUUAAUGAAGAAGAUUUGUGUCGCAAAGGAUGAAGAAUGUGGCGUCUAUGGCUUCGUCUUCAACCGCGACGGAGAGUGGAUCUCAACUGUGGUUGAUGAUAACCUUUACCUGAAGCACAAAGACUUUGGAGAAGAUUCUGAAGUCUACGAUGCGACGGGUAAGAAAGCUCGACUUUACAAGAAGCAGAAGCAAACCGGUUCUGAGUCCUUGUACUUUGCCAAGUGUGAGGACCCUAAUGAGACUUGGCUACCCUUGCUUGAGAAAGCUUUUGCAAAGGUUCAUGGUGACUAUCAGGCUUUGGAUGGUGGAUGGUCUGGCACUGCAGUCGAAGAUCUCACAGGCGGCGUCAAUACUGUGGUCGCUGGUAAUAGAGUCCUUCGCAAGGAAAGACUGUGGCGCGAGAUGCUGGGAUCUGACGGUGAGGAUGGAGAAUUCGUCUUUGGUCUGUCUGCCGGUGGUCCAGGAGAGGAUCAUAACAACGGAAUUGUGUUGCGACAUGCGUACUCGAUUCUCAAGGUGGCCGAAGUUGAAGACGAAGAUGGCAACAAAGUUCGCUUGGUCAAGAUUCGAAACCCCUGGGGACAGAAAUCCGAAGAUGGCCAUGGCGAGUGGCAUGGUCCAUGGUCGGAUGGUUCCAAGCAAUGGACUCCUCACAUGAUUCGAAAGCUUCAGCAUCAGUUUGGCGAUGAUGGAAUUUUCUGGAUGUCUUUCAACGACAUGCUCGAUAACUUCAAGUGGAUGUACAGGACUCGUCUUUUUGAUGAGCGAUGGACGGUAGCUCAACAAUGGACUAGUGUCAGCAUCUCUUGGCUUACCGGCUACCUCAAGAAGAAGUUUAUCAUCGAGGUCAAAGAAGAGGGCAUGGUGGUUAUUGUGCUCUCACAGCUCGAUGAACGUUACUUCAAAGACUUGAAGGGGCAGUACGAAUUUGUCCUGCAAUUUCUGCUCAAGACGGCUGACGACAAGACUUCCAUCUGCUCGGUUCGUCCGGUCCAUAAGUGGGAUCGACGUUCGAUCAAUUGCGAGGUCGAACUCGAGCCAGGUACAUAUGAAGUCAUCCCCAAAAUCACAGCCGAGAGAUAUUACUGGCUUCCGACAGUCCAAAAGAUGGUCAAGAUGGCAGCCGACAGUAAUCCUCAGAAGUUACGCCAGAUCGGUCUGCAGUAUGAUCUCGCGCAUGCCAAGGGCGGAAUCGUUGAUGAAGAUGAGGCCCUCCGCAAGAAGAAGGAACUCGAGAAGAAGAAGAAAAUCAAGGGCAAGAAGCAAGAAAAGAAGAAGAAACAGAUGGCCGAAGCUAUGGCUAGUAUGGAGGCGGCGAUGGUGCAGAUGAGGAAUGAGUAUAAUCGGUCUCUCAAUGAGAAGGACACUGAAAGAGAUAAGACCAAGAAAGAGAAAGAAAAGGAAAAAGAGGAACCUGAACCAAAGAAAGAGGAUGACACUGGAGCCAAAUCAGAUAAGGCGCCGCCUGGAUUUUGGCCAGAAGAUUCUUCCAAGAGUGACUUGGAAGCAUUGUCUCUUGAUGAAACACCAGCUGAACCAAAAGGGGGCCCGUCUUUGGUUGACACGAGCCAAGGAACCGAAGACAAGAGAAGAGGAUCUACAGACUCAUCCACCAGAUAUUCAUCUGCCGACCACAGAGGCCGUCCAUCUCUCGCAAACUCACCAAUGCCAUCACGAGAUCACAGCCCCCAGCACAGCAGAAGAACAACCAUGCAAAGCAUAGACACAAACCCCGUCUUCACGCCUCCCACAGAACCAACCUCCGAGUCGGACCUCGACAGCUCAGACUCAUCGUCCGUGUCCUCAUCAGAGCCAGACGAUAGUUCCUCGAGCUCAGACGACGAUAUGCUGCCCACGUCGCUGCUCCACCGACUCAAGAAGAAGAAGAAACAGCCGUGGAAUGCCGUGUGCGUGAUCGGCCUCCAGGUCUACGCUCAGCACACGGGCAUCAAGGUCCGUCUCGCUGAUCAGAGGGGCGAUGAGGCCACCGAGCUCGUGCCUCCGCAAAGCAGCCCUGUCUAG